AUGCAAUCUGGCGACAAUUCUGGAAAUACCGUUGUGUGGGAUUCCGCGGUUCUCCUGCCUAGUGGGGAAGUCAUGUUCAUCGGCGGAGCCGAUGGUGACGACUUCAAUCGUGACACUCUUUCUUGGGCUCCGAUCUAUCACCCUUCUGUCGAUUCUUGGUCCCCAUCCAGCAUGAUCUCCGAUCGGCACAGCUUCACCGCUACAGUCUUACCCUCUCGGGCCGUUUUGGUAGCUGGCGGUGGGAUACGUGCUCACUUUUUUACCUCAACUACUGAUCGUGCUGAGAUUUAUCGAGAAAGCGCCCAGCCUUGGACUCAAGGACCAGCCUUGCACCAGAUAAGACACGGUCACUCCGUCACCUCUCUUCCGAACGGAUCCAUCAUGGUCGCCGGUGGUGGAACCAACGCUGUAGAAAUCAUUGAAAGAACACAAGAAGGUAUCCUUACCACGCGGUUGUCCAACGCAAUGUUUCAUUCGAGAGGACACCACACCGCAACCUUAUUGCCUACGGGUAAAGUCUUGGUGGCAGGGGGUGGAAGCGCAACUGCGGAGCUCUUCGAUCCCCAGACAGAGACUUGGGAAGAACUACCGCAAAUGGAAAUUCCCAGAUCUCAUCAUACGGCAACCCUACUCCCCUCGGGAAAAGUCUUAUUAGUGGGGGGUUCUGGCUCAUCGAACAGCACUGAAGUUUUCGACCCUCAAGCCGAAUCCUGGCACUCUUCUGCGCCCUCACUAGCGCGAAGGGCUGGGCACACGGCAACUCUUCUCCUUUCCGGAUCAGUUAUCGUAGCUGGUGGCCAAGGACUCUCAUCAUCCGAAAUCUAUGAUCCAGUUGCUGAUUCUUGGCACGAAUCAACCUCAAUUGGAGAUUCCGUCGCUUUUCAUUCAGCCUCCCUACUGGCUGACGGUCGAGUGCUUAUAGUUGGAGGAGAAGUCCGCGACGAUCCUGGAGCGACCAGCUCCUGUGCCAUAUUCGAUCCAGCGACAGGAAAUUGGUCAGCGGUUUCCGCUUUGCCAAAACCAAGAAUGUGGCAUUCCGCCCAAACUCUGCCCUCGGGUGAAGUCUUCGUGGUCGGCGGCUUCGGAGGCUGGGAGCUCUCUCCUGCCAACCAGGUUAUUUCAACCAAGAUACAGAAAGGUAUUCCUGAGCUCGGCUCACCACUGAGCAGCACAGUGAUCUUCGAUCCGAAAACACAGGCCUGGCGUUCAGGUCCCUCGCUCGCUCAGCCCCGUCAUGAUCAUAAAUCCAUCUUGAGCUCUGCCAACGAGGUCGUAGUUGUAGGAGGGAGAGAGUGGUUCGACGAAAUACUCGGCCUUGAGGUCUUGGGGACUGAUCCCCCUGCGCGGGUCAGGGCACCCAGAAUUUCGUCCUCUGUACUGGAACUCUCACACCACGGCACCUUAACGCUAGAAGGCUCCAACUUGCUCGGCGAUUCUGAG